GAUGCCCAGAUACAAUCCCGGUUCCGGACCGUGGAACUUUACGCUGCUGGCAGCCAGCUGGCGGGGGUGAAGAGCGCUGUAAUGUCACUUGCUUGUCAUUCCCUAGAAACAUAAAACAGAACCCGGAUGUACCAACAAGUUUUGUGUGUAACCCGGAAGGAACGUGGGAGCCGCCUUUCGAAUGGGGCGUUGUUAAGACACUGGCUUGUCUUACUUUGGAACCACCAAGGAAUUAUAGACUCAUAUUUAACGUGGAACAUCCAGGAACCUGUGUGGAUGAUAACUACUUCAAGCCAUUUGUCGUGGGUGAGCUGAUUAAGUGGCUGAGAGAAGCUGAAUGCCCAGAUACAAUCCCAGUUCCGGACCGUGGAACUUUACGCUGCUGGCAGCCAGCUGGCGGGGGUGAAGAGCGCUGUAAUGUCACUUGCUUGUCAUUCCCUAGAAACAUAAGACAGAACCCGGAUGUACCAACAAGUUUUGUGUGUAACCCAGCGGGAAAGUGGGAGCCGCCGUUCGAAUGGGGCGUUGUUAAGACACUGGCUUGUCUUACUUUGGAACCACCAAGGAAUUAUAGACUCAUAUUUAACGUGGAACAUCCAGGAACCUGUGUGGAUGAUAACUACUUCAAGCCAUUUGUCGUGGGUGAGCUGAUUAAGUGGCUGAGAGAAGCUGGUUUGUGUCCCGAAGGAGAUUUAAUUAAGUUAUGCCAAAGGUCACAGGUGAAGGUCAUCUGUAGGAAGGAGGACAGAAGACGCCGAGACACCCACGAGGGGGAUCUUAUUGUGAAUUUGGCUCUUAAUGUGACUUUCUCCGAGAAAAACAGCACGGAUGAGUAUCAAAAUGUUUUAGCUCUGGCAGAGAAUGUGACAAACUUCAUCGGCAGCAGUCAGUUUCGGUUUGAAUAUGGUGGAAGAAAUUACACCUUUGGAAAUGGAUCGUCUGGCAAGGAAGAGACAACUUGUGGUGAAGGGCAGAUGAAGGUUCUGGACAAAUAUUGCGUGAAGUGCCCACCUGGCACGAAAUACAACUCUGUCCUUAAAACCUGCUAUUCUUGUCCAGCAAACACGUACCAGGAGCGCCGAGGGCAGUCCGUGUGUAUCAAGUGUAAAGGGGACAAAACGUCACCGCCAGGGUCAUUCAGUCCUUCUGAUUGUGAAGACACGGCCCUAAGUACAAUCCAACCUACAGUGGUUACGACAGCGCGACUGGAUCUAAUCAUUGGCCUGAGUUUCGCCGCCGUUGCGACCGUCAUCCUGGUCGCCAUCUUGGCUUUCUUGGCAUGUCGACGCUGCAGGUACAGCAAGAAGAAGAAGAGAAGGACGCUCUCCCCAGCGCCAGCGGUGACUGACUUUUUGGACUACCAUAAUGUUGCCUAUGAUUACGCUAAAGCCUUUUCUGUAUCGUAUGAGAGAGCGGGGACGAAUGACGGUGGGAUGCAAAAUAGGGGGCCAAGGACUGAACAUAC